GGACGCAGGUGGAUGGGACUUGAACGAAAACGUUGCAUACCGGUACGUCCAUCUGCAACAAAGGGACCACAAUCACCAACAAGCACUUGACGUCGUACAUUGAUUAUUAAUCCAUAACUUUGCAUCCGCCGUUGAUUCUUCUGGUUCUCACUCUACUUGCGAAAGCUGCCCAGGUAUCAAAGUAUCUAGUACCACGUCCCAGAUACCAAGUACAGAGGAUAUCGUACGAAUUUACUAGAACCUGCCGUCUGGACUCAACUCUACUUGCAUGACCUUGCCUCACAGGCUAAGCCUGCGUUUCAUCUCAAACGGUCGAGCGAGCAGAGGAAGUAGAGGGAGACCGACGGUACAGUCAACCCGCUGAAGAAGAGCUGACAAAGCGUGUCUUCAGCUCCCUUGCAUAUCCACUCUACUUGGUACAUACAUAGAAAAAAGAGGAAGAAAAGAAAGAAAAUCAAUCUGAUGACCGGGAGUAGAAAGUUUAUGCUACUGUCGGCGUUAAUGUGAAUUAUUAUUCAGCCAAUACUUCAUCCAGAAAUCAUUCCUCGGCCGACCACGACAACAAGACAAACUAACCGGUCGAUGUAAGGCGUGGGGAUAUCAUCUGAUAUUAUCGGCGUCUCCAAAAAGUGUUUCCUUGACUUGUCUAUAUAGUUGAUUUGGUCCCACCCCCGCGCCCAAAUUGGUCUCAACAUGAAUUCUUCUUUUGACAGUCUUCUUAUGCAGCAGGACGAUCGAUAUGCUUUGACAAUUCUUACUCAAGCCGCGAUGCAAACAGAUACUCAAGCUAACAGCAAUUCUCCAUCCAAUAAUUUCAACGCAAUGUCAAACGCCACCGCCACUGCUUUUUCGAGUAGUAAUCCAGCUAAAAACAAUCGUGUCUCGACAGUCCAUGACACCGUUUAUCAUUCACGUGCAACGCCCAUUUCAACAUCGACUUCUUCGUCCACGAUCGGUAAUCAUCCUACCAAUACACCGCAAUAUCGUUUUCCACCUUCAAUAUCCAACCUUAUUGGGGAUCACACAAGAUCUCGCCAAGAAAUGCAUGCACUUGCUUUCAAUUCCACAGAACAGACCUCACAGGGCACCUUUGUAAACCACCCAUUCCAAUCAUCAUAUUCCAAUAAUCUGGGAAUUUUGAACGCGGAGAAGUAUGAUGAUGGGAGGGGUUCAAUCAGAUCUCACAAUCCUGGUCUGAUGGGUAUGGAGGAUCAGAUGACAAAUCAAAUACCUUUUGGAAUUGUGAAGAAGCAUGGAGAUAGUAGUGAUACAAGACCACAAAGUGAAGAGCCAGAGCAAGAGCAGGGUAAGAAGCGCAGGAAGAGAGUCAGAAAGGAGUCAUCGAAUCUUGAUGACGAUGAUGACGAAGCUCGAAAAAAGGCGAGAGGGAGACCAAGAGUUGAUACUAAAGAUGAAACUGCCGCCGAUAGGCGCAGAACUCAGAUUCGAAUGGCUCAGAGGGCCUAUCGACAUCGCAAAGAGACAACAAUUUCUUCUUUGGAAAAGCAAGUCCAAGAACUUAGAGGUACAAAUGAAGAAAUGAAUAAUAUAUUCAUUAACCUCUAUGACUUUGCCAUCAGUAGAGGGCUUCUACAACGCGAGCCGGAGUUCGGUCAGCAACUUCAAUCAACUACGCAAAAAUUCCUUGAGCUCGCAAAACAGAACGCAGGCGAUGAAAAUCUAAGGCACGAAGAUGACUCGCCAGAUAAUAUUGCACAUGAAUCUCAAGGUGAGGCCAACCAUUCUUUGACAAAUCACAGCGCUCAACGCCCCCCUCCCGUUAUUAUGCUCUCAGAUGAGCCAACUACCGCCGACACGAUAAACCCGUGGGGUGGAUACAUUGUAUCGAAGGAUACCAGUUCUGAAGAAGAAAGGCAGAUCGAAUAUAAUCAAAACGACACAGAAGAACCUAGACAGUAUGAGAUAAUUAGCAGGGCUACUGAAGAAAACGCAAGUUUUCCUUUCGACUCGACGGGUAUUCAACAAUACCGAGCCGAGAUACCUUCUCCUAUCAGUAAUAAUUUUCUCCAAAGCUUCUACCCUUAUGCCGCAGUCCCGCUUCCAACUACACAUUCCUACUUUGAACUUUCAUUUGCACGUCGAGUGCACCGCGCAACGGUAGAACAUGGCUACAAGUUACUCACAAUGCCAAAUCCUCCAAAACGACGAUUCGAAAAAGCUUUUGGCUAUUGCUUGCAAUUUGAAACCAAGGAAGAAUGCAUCGCGCGAUUUCAAAGGAUUUUGAAUAAUUCAUCAAAGGAAUCUCUCCACGAAUGGCGCUAUCCAUUAGUUCACCUUGGGGGGUCGGGUACAUACUAUCCCAAUCAGGAUUCUGAUACUGACAAUGAGUUAAUGCCCAAAUUUCGCACUGGAUUCUCUAUGGGCCCCUUUCCCACAGCGUGCACGCCAUUACUGGAAAACAUCAGUCCCAAUAUGAAAUGUACCCUUCCUGGGUUUGAAGGCGAGUUUUUUGAUCCUAAUGACGUUGAAGGAUAUCUCAGAGGUCAUGGAUUCGAUCUCCAACCAGGUGCCGACUAUAUUACGGGUCAAAUAGAGCUUGAGGUUUCUCCCGAUGCCCACAGUCCAGGGACUACUAGUACUGACUCGGUAUUCCCACCUACACCUCGGAGUCCAGUUGGAAAAGUCCUUGAUGAAACCAAUCGAAAUUCGUACAAUCUAGAUCAUAUCGAAGGUGACUCAAAUAAAAAAGGUCAAGCUAGUGGUAUCUCCCAGUUUAUGACAUUUCCAUCUUGGAAUGCCAAUAUUCUCAGGGGGGGGGAUCCUUUUGAUUUAUCCGGCCCAAUAUUUGAUGUUACAGCCGCUUCCCAGUCUGGAAGUUCGAGUCCCAAAGUUAGUGCCAAUAGUAAACGUUAUAUGGAGAAACGUACUGUGACCAUUGAUGUCGAAAUUCUGAUCAGAAAAUUGGCUGCUAUUUCAUCCUGCUUGGGACGUUCCCCUGGAUAUAGACGAGCUGAUUUGGAUGCUGCAAUCAUCAAUGCGGCAAGAGAAACUGGGUUUGAAUGAACUCAUGAGUAGGCUUGAAUGAUGUUUCUCCUGAAUUUCUGGGGGCCACCAUUCUCGCACCUGCCCAAACGCUGGCAAUCAACGUAACAUUGGUUAAUCUUACGAAGUACUUCA